AUGUCAUCUCGCAUUGUUGCGGACAAUUCAUUACCGCUCACCAAUGCCACCACGCCUUAUUUUGACUUAAUGGAAGUCGACCACCUCACGCGCCGCCCCGUCUCCGUCGAGAUGCCCACCCUCGGACAGCUCCUCAAGAACGUCGGAGAUGUCAGGAAGGAAGCCACCGGCGACGGAAGCGAGACGCCGGUGCAUCACGCCCUCGAUAUAGUCGACGCCCCUGGAAUUGAGCCUCGCUCGCUGCCCUUCGUCCUCUCCUUCAGCAACCUCACUUAUAGAGUCAAGGUGCGCCGCAAAAUCAGUCUCUCCUCGAUGUUCCCCCGCCGUGGCAGCCACCACCACGGCGCGUCCGCGGUGGCGGAGGGUCCUGCUGUUGGUGAGAACAUGUUCAGGCGGACGAAGACGCUGCUGAACGACAUCUCCGGCGAGGCGCGGGACGGGGAGAUCAUGGCGGUCCUUGGCGCCAGCGGUUCUGGAAAGUCGACACUAAUCGACGCGCUGGCGAACCGAAUCGCCAAAGGAAGUCUGAAAGGCACUGUGGCGCUGAACGGCGAAACGCUGGAAUCGAGUCUUCUGAAGGUGAUUUCAGCGUACGUGAUGCAAGACGACCUACUCUUCCCCAUGCUCACUGUGGAAGAGACUCUGAUGUUUGCGGCGGAGUUUCGACUACCGCGCACGCUCUCCAAGUCAAAGAAAAACGCUCGCGUGCAGGCUCUCAUCGACCAGCUAGGUCUUCGGAACGCAGCGAAAACAGUCAUCGGAGACGAAGGCCACCGCGGAGUCUCCGGCGGCGAGCGUCGGAGAGUUUCCAUCGGCAUCGAUAUUAUCCACGACCCGAUCCUGCUGUUCCUGGACGAGCCAACCUCGGGACUUGACUCCACGAGCGCGUUCUUAGUGGUGAAGGUUUUGCAGAGAAUCGCACAGAGCGGAAGCAUCGUAAUCAUGUCCAUUCACCAACCGAGUUACCGAAUCCUGGGGCUUCUGGACCGCAUGAUCUUCUUAUCGCGCGGGCAAACCGUUUACAGCGGUUCACCGUCGCAGUUGCCGGUUUUCUUCUCCGAGUUCGGUCAUCCAAUUCCGGAAACCGAUAACAGAACGGAGUUCGCGUUGGACCUGAUUCGCGAACUGGAAGGUUCACCCGGCGGAACGAAGAGCUUGGUGGAAUUCAACAAGUCGUGGCAGAGCAUGACGAAGCACAAUCAAACGACGACGGAGGAGGAACGAAACGGCUUGUCGUUGAAGGAAGCAAUAAGCGCUAGCAUUUCGCGGGGGAAGCUAGUUUCAGGCGCCACCAACACCAACCCGAACCCGUCGUCUAUGGUGCCAACUUUUGCCAAUCCGUUUUGGGUUGAGAUGGCGACGCUGUCGAAACGGUCGUUUUUGAAUUCGAGAAGAAUGCCGGGGUUGUUUGGGAUUAGAUUGGGUGCGGUGAUGGUGACGGGGUUCAUUCUUGCCACCAUGUUUUGGCAACUCGAUGACUCUCCCAAAGGAGUGCAAGAGAGGCUCGGAUUCUUCGCCUUCGCCAUGUCAACCACUUUCUACACCACCGCCGACGCGCUUCCCGUGUUCCUCCAAGAACGCUACAUUUUCAUGAGGGAAACUGCUUACAACGCAUAUCGUAGAUUCUCGUAUUUGGUCUCGCAUGCGCUCGUUUCGUUGCCAGCACUAGCGUUCCUCUCGUUGGCUUUCGCGGCGACCACGUUUUGGGCCGUGGGCCUGGAUGGCGGAGCUUCGGGCUUUUUGUUUUAUUUCCUGAUUAUUUUUGCUUCGUUUUGGGCCGGGAAUUCAUUCGUGACGUUCCUUUCGGGUGUGGUGCCUCACGUGAUGCUGGGUUACACUAUCGUGGUUGCGAUUCUGGCCUAUUUCUUGCUCUUCAGUGGAUUCUUCAUCAACAGGGACAGGAUUCCCAGUUACUGGAUUUGGUUCCACUACUUGUCGUUGGUGAAAUACCCCUACGAAGCUGUUUUGCAGAACGAGUUCGAUGACCCCGUUAAGUGCUUCGUCAGGGGGGUCCAGAUCUUCGACAACACCCCUCUUGGCUCGCUCCCUCACUCUCUCAAGUUGAAGCUUUUGGACAGCAUGAGCAACACCCUCGGUAUGAACAUCACCAGCUCCACCUGUUUGACCACCGGUUCCGACAUUUUGCAGCAGAACGGUGUGACCGACUUGACCAAGUGGAACUGCUUCUGGAUCACAGUCGCUUGGGGAUUCUUCUUUAGAUUCCUCUUCUACUUCUCCCUCUUGCUCGGAAGCAAGAACAAGAGGACCUGA